AUGAAUCAGUGUGCAUCCUACGAAAAUAAAAUUUAUCAAGUAACGAGUAUGUUUCCUAACUAUGAACCCGCUUAUAGUAUAUUGACAAUAUUACCCUAUGGUUUCUUCUAUGCAAUAAACAAUAUAGCGAAUGGACUAAAUACCGCUGAAAUGGGUAUAGACAUUCAGUUUAGCACUAUUGUUGGUUAUUAUGAAUGUGUUAAUGGAACUACUCUUCAUUUAUCUGGAUUUGCAUAUGCAUAUAAAAGUCAAAAUAUUGCAGUUAUGACAACUCGUGAUCGCUCUUUUCUUCAUGAAUACUAUCUUUAUUUCCCAAGCAACGAUAGUUCGAAAUGCACUGGUCAAGUAUCCUAUACAUUCUUUAAAUUGGGCACAAGUCCAAUUGAUCCUCAAAAUCAACCAAUUUUUUCUGGACUCGUUGCAAAUUUAACGUGCUCAAUGAUGAAUGGAAGAAAUUACGUAUGGCCAACAAUAAAUUAA